AUGAACGGUUGGAGCAAGAUCCAAUCGAGCAUAUCGGGGCUGCAGCUUGGUAAUUCUGCCAAUAAGUUCGCUAAGGGCCUCCAAAGUUCUGUUCAAGCAACCAGGGAGCGACUCGGCGCCGUAAACCCUGAGGACAUCACGGAACUUCCUUCUGAGUACAGGGAGUUAGAGGCGCGAGUUGACGCGUUGAAGGCCGCCCAUUUGGCAUUCUUGAAGAUCGCCAAGGUCUACGCAGAUAGCUCCUAUGAUUAUCCGACACAGAUUCAAGAGUCUCUCGGGGAGUUUGGCGCGACCGUUUCACACAGCUUAACUACCUUUGCUGCUACUAACCUUAAGGGAACGGCACUCCCCGUUCCAAACCCUAGUCCGCCAACUUCCCCGACAGUGAAGACGCUUCCCCAUGCCGUCUCAAGAGGAGCCGCCGUUGCUGCUAGAGCUCUGGAGGCACCUGGAGGCCCGGAGACGCGCCUCGGGCAAGCGCUGAAAGAAUACUCUCUUGCAUAUGAAAAGAUUGGCGCUGCCAGGCUCGAUCAGGAUGAUGCCAUUGUCAAUAGGUUCUUAGCACCAUGGCAGGUGACGCUGAACAACUCGAUCACUCUUGCUAUUAAGGCGAGGCAAGCCGUUAGAGUAAGCCGAUUGGAGCUCGACGCUGCCAAGCAAAGGCUGAAGGGUGCAAUUGGCCCUAAACAAGACCAGGCAAAACUUGAAGUUGAGAAUGCUGAGGAUGAUCUCGUCCAAAAGACAGAGGUUGCUAUUCAAUUGAUGAAGACGGUUCUUGAGAAUCCAGAGCCUAUCAAGAAUUUGAAUGAGCUCGCCAAAGCUCAACUACUGUACCAUUCACAGAUCACUGAAACCCUCCAAGCAGUCCAAGGCGAGAUCGAGGAGCUCGCUGUAGCCGCUGAGGGCGAGUACAGAAAAUCGCGAGACCACUGAGCGUUGCGUAAACAGUGGUACAAAUCAUGAUGGAUGGACAAUAUUAUCCUCAUUUUCAUUUUGCUAUGACGUUUGAAUUCUCUUUCGCCCAACUGCUAGUGUUUUGAAAAUAUGCAGAACUAGUGCGGAUCGUUGUAGUAUGUACAAAUGAUGGCCAGAAAGAGCGGUACAGAACAACAGAGAGUUCUAGAAAAUUGGGUC